CAAAUCUUCAGUGAUCGCUUCUCAUUUUCAUCCCCUUGAGCAACGCCUGAAUCUAAAAAAAAUUGUAGCAACCAUCGAUAUGCAACGAAAAUUAUAUUUAUAUAAUUUUCGUUGUUCUACAUGUACGGAUCCGCUUCGUAAUAUCGGUCGCGCCAUUCGCUAAGUGCGCCUGCUAGUUUGCUGGAAACUUCUCCGUUAUCACUCUACGCAGCCAUCCACCAUGUCGCUUGUUGAGGCAGAAGAGCCUGGAACUCUGUUCCAUCCUCCGCCGUACCUGCAGAUGGAUGCUCACGUCAAGGACAUGACGCAGUACCAGCGAAUGUACGAGGAAUCUGUUAACUAUCCCAAUGAAUUCUGGCGUCGUAUUGCAUCGGAAUUCUACUGGAAGAAUCAGAUUGACGCCACCCAUGCUUUCCUCGAUGAACACCAUUACAAGGACCAGCAGGCGCACGCGAAAACAGGCCAUUCGAAGACCAAUUUCGAUGUACGCAAUGGACCCAUCAGUAUCAAAUUCAUGGAAGGAGCAACAACGAAUAUCUGUUACAAUGCUCUGGAUCGCAACGUGGAGAGGGGUUUUGGGAAUAAAGUCGCGUAUUUUUGGGAGGGAAAUAAUCCAUCGGACGAAGGACGCAUCACCUAUGCUGAGCUUCUGGACGAAGUGUGUCGCUUCGCCAAUGUCCUGAAAUCAUUUGACCUGCAGAAGGGUGAUCGUGUGGCGAUCUACUUACCAAUGAUCUUGGAGCUUCCCAUUGCGAUGCUGGCAUGCGCACGAAUUGGGCUGGUCCACUCGGUUGUGUUUGGCGGAUUUUCCGCGGAAUCUUUGGCGGAACGCAUGCUCGAUGGCCACUGCAGUGUACUGAUUACAGCAGAUGGUGUUUGGCGCGGCAAUAAAUUUAUUGAUCUAAAAGAAAUUGCGGACGAUGCUUGUCACCGGUGUGCGGCACAUGGACACAAAAUAACCAAAAAAAUUAUUAUCAAGCACAUGGGAUGCAUCCAGCACUCGAAUGGCUUGGCGAAUGGCAAUGGACAUGCUGCGGGAGAUCCAUUAGAUCGCAUUGAUCCCUACUGCAAAAAAACUCAUCAUAAAGAACUCGUUACGCGUUGGGAUAGCAGUGUGGACUCUUGGUACCAUGAAGAAGUGGCCAAGGUUUCGAACAUUUGUCCACCAGUAUGGAUGGAUGCCGAAGAUCCGUUAUUUAUGCUGUACACUUCCGGUUCAACCGGUAAACCAAAGGGAGUUCAGCACAGCACCGGUGGUUACAUGGUUUAUACUGCUUUUACGUUCAAGUGCGUAUUUGAUUAUCACGAUGACGAUAUUUACUGGUGCACAGCUGAUGCUGGCUGGAUCACUGGUCAUUCGUAUGUCGUUUACGGACCGCUUCUUAAUGGUGCCACGGGAAUCGUUUUCGAAGGUAUCCCGACGCAUCCACACGCUGGUCGUUAUUGGGAAGUUGUUCAGAAGUACGGUGUGACGAAAUUCUACACCGCUCCUACAGCUAUCCGGUCACUUAUGAAAUUUGGCGAGGAGUUGGUGUUGAAAUACGAUCGACACACGUUGAAGGUCCUAGGCACGGUUGGUGAGCCGAUCAACCCCGAAGCGUGGUUAUGGUAUCACAAAUACGUUGGCGAUGAACGGUGCCCGAUCGUGGACACGUUCUGGCAGACGGAAACCGGAGGCCAUGUACUAACGCCGCUCCCCUGUGCCACGCCUCUCAAACCCGGUUCAGCUACUCUGCCCUUCUUCGGUGUCGUGCCGGCUAUUCUCGAUGAGAAUGGCAAAGAGCUGACAGAGCCCGAUGCAGAAGGUUACCUUGUUUUCAAACGACCAUGGCCGGGAAUUAUGCGCACGGUGUAUGGCGACCACAAGCGCUAUGAAGAUACGUAUUUUCGAAAAUUUCCCGGAUACUACACCACUGGAGAUGGUGCUAAACGUGAUGCUGACGGAUACUACUGGAUAACUGGACGAAUUGACGAUAUGGUCAACGUAUCGGGGCAUCUUUUAAGUACCGCGGAAAUUGAGUCUGCACUAGUUGAACAUCCAGGCGUAGCGGAAGCCGCUGUUGUAUCGCAUCCGCAUAAGAUCAAAGGCGAAUGUACGUAUGGAUUCGUUACGAUGAAGGAUGGAUAUAAUUUCACACCUCAAGUUCUCGGUGAAUUGAAGCACAAAGUUCGAGAUAAAAUCGGUGCAUUUGCUGUUCCGGACUUCCUGCAAGAUGCUCCCGCUCUGCCGAAAACCAGGUCGGGAAAAAUUAUGCGGCGGAUUUUAAGAAAAAUUGCAGUGGGAGAUCGUAGUCUGGGCGACACAUCGACGCUAGCGGAACCGGGCGUGGUGGAUGUUCUGUUUAAACUGCGACCGGCAGAUGCUUGAAAUUGUGGAUAUUAUUUUGAAAUCAAGGUGUGCAGUCAUAUAUUACGUUGUAUGGGCGUCACAAAAAAUGCAAAUGCCAAAAAGAAAUACCGAUACGUUAUGAGUUGUUGACCGUAUAGUUAGUUUGUGCUUGUUUUGGGGACAUUCCGCUGUAGUGCUUUGCGGGAAUGGUAGUAUUUCAUGACCAGAUUAUUUUGAAUUUUUCAAAUUUUGACUGGUUUGUGGUUUUGAUUUAUGUGGCCAGCGGCAGCUUUGUGUGAAGUGUUCUUAACAUUAAAGAGAACCAAACUG